CUUCUUAAUCCAUUACAGACCACCAAGCUAAGCCCUGGGAUUAAGUUUGUCAACUUCGCAUUGUUCCGUCUGGGUAGCUAUCCUCUCUUCUUAUUUUUAUCUUUGUUCUCUUCCUUAAAUUGACUGUCACAGCAAUUAUUCCAAGAAAUUUAUUACCGGCCUCUCUUGAAUCGGACCCGAAUCAUGACUUUGCAGGCAAUCAAAUACAGUGAUGGCAAUCUGUCCAUCAUCGACCAGCUACAGUUGCCAUAUGUGGAACGCUUUAUAACAAUACAAACAACUGAAGAAGCCUGGCAUGCGAUAAAAGACAUGCGAGUAAGAGGAGCUCCUGCCAUUGCCAUUGUAGCUGCCCUCGCUCUUGCGUCCGAGCUCCACAAACUCAUAGCACGCAACGAGAUUCCCCAUGAAGCAGAAGAGGUGCAGACCUUAAUCAUGGGAAAGCUCGAUUAUCUUGUGAGCAGCAGACCUACAGCAGUAAACCUUGGUGACGCUGCUCGAAAACUCAGGGCCAUUGUUAGUGAUCGCACCCAAAGGCCCCAAUCGACCGGGCGCACUGUUGCUGCUGCCUUGAUACAGGCAGCAGAGGAUAUGCUGGUGAAGGAUGUUGAGGACAAUAAAAACAUUGGAAUGUAUGGUGCCCGAUGGAUUAUGGCAAAUGCCGUCGGGGAUUCGAAGGCCACCGUUCUCACCCAUUGCAAUACGGGCUCUCUCGCAACAUCGGGCUACGGGACAGCUCUCGGGGUAAUUCGCGCACUUGCAUCAACAGGCGACCUACACCACGCAUACUGCACCGAAACGCGGCCAUAUAAUCAAGGAUCCCGACUGACGGCAUUCGAGUUAGUCCACGAUGGUCUCCCUGCUACCCUGAUAACAGACUCCAUGGCCGCUGCUCUACUUGCCAGGCCAGGUGCCCAAGUAAAUGCCAUCAUAGUAGGUGCGGAUAGGGUGGCGGCCAAUGGGGACACUGCAAACAAAAUAGGUACCUAUGGUCUUGCUGUCCUCGCAAAGUAUCACGGUGUGAAAUUUCUCGUCGCUGCACCCCUUACUACGAUUGAUUUGGCCACCCCAUCUGGAAACGAGAUCAUAAUUGAGGAACGCCCCGCCUCUGAGGUUACAAAGAUUAAAGGGCCACGUGAAAAUCAGGAUUCAACCCAAAUUGAAUUGGAAACAGUGCGCAUAGCUGCUGACGGAAUAAAUGUUUGGAACCCAGCGUUUGAUGUCACUCCAUCUGUGCUUAUUGAUGGUAUCAUCACAGAGAGGGGAGUGGUGGAAAAAGAUGCCGAUGGACAAUUUCAUUUGGGACACUUAUUCCGCGACCCUUCACCACUGACUUCGGGCGCCCUUGCCUCCUCUCCUUGAUCAUGUUUCUUUAACUGUGUCUCAAAUGCGUUGAGUAAAUCUUCUAUUUUAUUUUCCAAGGCGUUCAGAUGAUUCUCCAGCGCUAGCGCUGUCCUUUCGCCACUAGUUUCCAGUAAUUAGGCAUAGCUUCGUAGGGAUGACGACUCGUGUCGCGCACAUACCUUGAGAUGUCCUUGAAGGCCUGCGUAUGAGUAGUUAGCAUGCAAUGUGACCCAUUAUAUGCUCAUCUCAUGGUUGUAAACACCUGAAUCAAUGACAGGAAUGAACAGCCUUCAGGGAUGGAACUAACUUACUUGUGCGAUACUCGCAUCGCUCUGCUGCUCACUUGGUGGCAUGGCUGAUGAACCUAGUUGGGGCGG